AAACCCUUUGAAUGUUAUUUUUGGUCGAAAAGCCCUUUGAAUUGAAACCUCCAGUUUUGUAGCAGAAGGAAGAAACCGGAGUUCUUGUUCAAGUUCAUCAGAUUCAGAGACCCAUGUUCCAUUUCUCUCGCCAAGCCCUGCUUCAUGUUAGGGUUCUUCAAGUUCCUCCACAAGCUGAUUCACUCCGUCUGCUGCUCAGAAUCGGCUCUCUCCGCUUCCAAGCUUGUCAAAUUCGAAACCGCUUCAAGACCAGACGCAGUCAUUGGUUUCUUCAAGAGCCGAGGUUUCACUCCAACUCAAAUCUCACGCAUCGUUAGAAGAUUCCCCGCGGUGCUUUCAGCGGACCCAGAUAAGACUCUCUUGCCAAAAGUCAAUUUUUUGCGCUCGAAAGGGAUUUCCGACCUCGAAUUGGCCAAACUCGUGGCUACAGUCCCGAGGAUUUUGGUCAGGAGCCUAGAGCAGCAUUUGAUACCCACUUUUCAAUACAUUAGUAAUUUGGUACAAUCCGAUGAAAAGGCCAUCGCAGCCAUCACAUGUAGUCCCCGAAUAUUGUACGAGGAUCCGAAAGUUUUACUUGUUCCUAAAAUCACGACUUUGAGGAGUGCCGGGGUGCCUGAGGCGAAGAUCUGGUAUUUAGUCGUGGAUCACGGGCAAAUGUUUUGCUGUGGGUCCUUGAGAUUUGAUGAGACCGUGAAUAGGGUGAAAGCAAUGGGCUUUGAACCUUCCAAACUGAGUUUUGUCACGGCUCUGCUCGUGAUUAUGGGCAUGAGCGAGUUGACGUGGAAAAGGAAAAUCGGUGCGUUUGGCAGGUGGGGUUGGUCCGAGGAGGUAGUUAUGUUAGCUUUUAGGAAGCUUCCAUUGUGUAUGGCAUCGUCGGAGAGCAAAAUUACUGCUGCAAUGGACUUCUUUGUCAAUGUGGUGGGGCUCAAUUCGUUGGUUAUUUCCCAACGUCCGGUAGUCAUCAGGUUUAGCUUAGGUAAGAGAAUUGUUCCUCGGGGAUCCGUCUUUCAAGUUCUGCUGUCUAAAGGUUUGAUUAAACCUUGUAGCCUGUCUACAUUGUUGAAUGUUUCAGAGACGAAGUUCCUGGAAAAGUUUGUGACUCCUUAUUUGGGGAAAUCACCGCAGUUGUUGGCUUUGUAUAAUGAGAAGAUGGGUCUUGCAUGCUAGUUUGGAAUUUUGGUAUUUGCUCGGGUUAAACUAGGAUAGGAUGCUUGUGAAACCGAAAAAAGUUGUGCUCUUCUUGUUGUCUUUUGUCUACAUGCUGGAUGCUGAAACUGAACUGAAACUUGCAGAAAAAUCAAUUGGUGUAGCCUCUCUUCCUUCUUUCUGCAACUGCUAAUUUCCUUCCUUUGGUAAUUAUUAUGGCAUUGUGGCCCCGUAAUGACAGAACUUUUGGCCAUGCUCGAAACUAAGGUACUGAUCUGACACAAGGCAGCUCCUAGUCAGUCAAAGUUUGGAGGAAUCACAAUGAAGUGCUCUGAUUAGUAAUUUGUACUUUCCUAGAUAAUGGAAAAAUAGUUUGUCUACAGUUCUGUCUAGACUCAAAUAUAAAGUGGAGUGUCAUAGCAAUUAAGUUCAGCAAAUUAGAUUGGUAUCAUUUUGAAUGUUCCUUCAUGAUCUUUCAUGCAUAUUGAGACCAAGUGAGGUGAAAGGCAAUGUGUUUUGAGCCUCUGAAAUGGGGUUUAA